GUGUGACCUGCCUCAACCAGAGUGACGAGAGCGAGAUGGCUGAAGCUCUAACAGAAGAAGAAUUGGCAGAACUGGCGGAAGAGGACUUAUAUUCGCGCAUGGCGCGCAGCCUGGCGCCCGAGAUAUAUGGACACGAGGACGUCAAGAAAGCGCUGCUGCUGCUAUUGGUUGGAGGAGUUGAUAAACGUCCCAACGGCAUGAAGAUCCGCGGCAACAUCAACAUCUGCCUGAUGGGCGACCCCGGCGUGGCCAAGUCGCAGCUGCUCAACUACAUCGACCGCCUCGCGCCGCGCAGCCAGUACACCACGGGCCGCGGCUCCUCCGGCGUGGGGCUCACGGCCGCCGUGCUCAAGGACCCGUUCACAGGCGAGAUGAUGCUGGAAGGCGGCGCGCUGGUGCUGGCUGAUCAAGGCGUGUGCUGCAUCGACGAGUUCGACAAGAUGGCCGACACCGACCGCACCGCCAUCCACGAGGUCAUGGAGCAGCAGACCAUCUCCAUCGCCAAGGCGGGCAUAAUGACUUGCCUAAACGCGCGCGUGUCGAUCCUCGCGGCCGCAAACCCGGCGUACGGGCGCUACAACCCCAAGCGCACCAUCGAGCAGAACAUCCAGCUGCCGGCCGCGCUGCUGUCGCGCUUCGACCUGCUGUGGCUCAUCCAGGACAAGCCCAACAGAGAGAAAGAUCUGGAGCUGGCCAAGCACAUAGCGUACGUGCAUCAACACUCGAGCCAGCCGCCGAGCGAGGUCCGCGCGUUAUCCAUGCGGCUGGUGCGCCGCUACGUGGCGCUCACCAAGCGCAAGCAGCCGUUCGUGCCGCAAGAGCUUGCCAACUACAUCGUCUCAUCGUACGUAGAGCUACGACGUGAAGCCCGCAACGCGCGUGACGUCACAUUCACGUCGGCGCGAAACCUGCUCGGCAUCCUGCGUCUAUCUACCGCGCUGGCCAGGCUCAGGUUAUCAGAUGUGGUUGAGAAGGAGGACGUCACAGAAGCUAUCCGCCUCGUGGAAAUGUCCAAACAAUCUCUCCAGCACGUGGAGGAGAAUGUACAGAGGGGCAUCAGCGCCACAGACCGCAUCUUCGCGAUCGUUCGUGACGUGGCCGGCUCCAGCAAGACUGUGAAGAUCGCUGACGUCAUCGAGCGCUGCGUCGAUAAGGGCUUCAAGCCCGAUCAGGUGGAUGCUUGCAUCGAGCAAUACGAGAAUUUGAACGUCUGGCAAGUGAACCAAGUGAGGACCAAGAUUACCUUCAUGUAGUGUCACUCCGCGUUAGAUUAAGUACUUACCAGUGUGCCUGACUCGAUUAUAAGUGGAAUGAAGCAUUUAGAUUUAAGUGUGUUUUGAAUGUUGCAUUAUGUAUUUGAUAAUAAAUUCUUUUUGGACAAAAUUUC